GGACUUCAGCGCCACGUGGCCCAUCAGCCCGCAGGAGGACAGACCAGGCACUGUAUAAAAGUCCCCCACCUUGCUAUGCUCCACAAUCCACAUCCUUGGUUGAAUCUUGUUGAAGAUCAGGCUCUACAAAUCACCUUAGUAUGUCCUUCAGUGACCAGCAGUACAAGCAGCCAUGUGCGCCCCCAUCAUGUCUUCAAAAGACCCAAGAGCAGUGUCAGGCACAGGCUAAGGAUGUGUGCCUCCCCCAACAGCAGGACCCUUGCCAAGAGAAGGGCCUAGGACAAGCUCAAGAGGUAUGUGUGUCUCAGUGCCCGGAGUUAACCCAAGAAAACUGCCCACAGCGAGUCCAAGAUCCAUGCCAAGACCAAUGUCUGCCUCAGUGUAUGGAGCCAUGCCAGGAGCUAGCCCAGGCAAAAUGUGUGGAGAUGAGCCCACAGAAAGUCCAGGAGAAGUGUUCGCCCACUGGCAAGGGGAAGUAGCUGCUGAUAUGCCACCCGGAGUCAAGAACAUGGCCAAUGGAUGAAAACCCAAUCCCAUCCCCAACUCUGGUGACCUUUUCCUCUGUGUACAAUGUACCUUCUUGCCUCUUGGCUUCCUCAGUACUCCAGGACUUGGUUUCUGAAGACAGUUUUCUAUGUAUUUUAUCAACCUCUGUGAAUAAGCAUUGUUCUCAGCAGCCUGCUGGAAGAUCUCAAAUGUAGGAAUGGUGUGGUUAUGAAGGAGACCACCAAAGCCUAACACAGGGCCCUUGGGGCAAAAUUUCACCCAGCCCUUGGUGUAUAAUGAUGAAAGGUGACUUGAUUAUCUUUUAGAAUGUCGGGGUCUCAUUCAAGCCUCACAACAAUCUGACUCUGAUGGACUUUGUGUUUAUCCUCACUGCUACAACCAUGAGUGUUAAGAAGAGGUUGGCUAUGGUGCAAAAAUCAAAACUUGGGUACUUUUUUCUCUGCCCCUAACAGAAACAAUGAUUGGACACAGUAAUGUUGGGUAUGCUUUUCAGAAAUGAAACAAAAUUAUAUAAAUGAUUAGGUUCAAACAGCCAACAAGGAAAUACAAGACGGGAUGUUUGGGUCUCUGUCGAUCUUUGUACUUCAUAGCUGGUCUGUUUGAGGCCCUUCAUUUUUAUCAUGUACACUCUGCAGAGAUGUGAUUUAUGGCUCUGUGAUACAGGCUGGUCUGUUCUCCAGCUUCCUCACCUUAUUCUCCCAGGUGAAGGUAAAAUACAUAAUAAAGCUGAUGCUAAGGCUGA